GAACAAUUACGGUUAACAAGAUCARAAUCUAUCGAUAGCACACAAUGGAUGAGAAUUCUUCAGGUCGGACGGUUAAGACAUUAGUAAGAAAAAAAGCCUUGGCAUUGUCUGCAUUGCUUAAUUAACCUUUCGGCAAAGAACAUCCUCUGUUUAAUCGAGAGAAAAGGAUAAUUGAAUUGUCCACUCUUAAAUCAUCUGUAGAGCUGUAACCACAUCGGAAUUCAAACCCCAUAGAGAAUGCUAGUGAUUUAUAAUGGCURUUACAGUUGUAGAUGUUUUAUACAAAACAUCACAAUACAAUUCCUACGCAUUUUCUGUUUUUCCAAAAUAUGGAACUGUAUACUUCGGAACAGACAGAAAAAAUAAAUUAGACCGUCGACGGCCAGAUAAAAUCUGUUAAUUAGCAAGCAAAACAGGCUAUAUUCACCGUUUAAAAGCACAGCCAAGCCGGUAUUUAAAAGGCUAUAAUUUAUCGAUGACCUUAUGCUUAAUGAUCUUCAUUUGUGCCAAUAUUUUGGCUUGGAUUUCCAUCUUCUCUGUGUGUUCUCUUUUGAACAGGCUCAUUACUAGACACCCUGCUAUGAGCACAAUUCAUCAUCAAGCCCAAACAGACUUGGAACCUAGCAUAUGAUCAAAGAUUCUAGAAUGUCUCAUUAAWGGAAGCUCUUUUUCGAGAAAAACUUCAUAUUUGAACGACAGCCUGWRACAAGACCAAUCACCUAGAGUGGGAAGAUGAAUUCUGGCAUUCAACAGUCAUAAGCCCGGCUAAUCUCCAGGACCUCCCGUAAYUAGAACCUCGUCUGAUCUAAACAACCGGUCAUGCUGCAGAUGGAAAGGAGAUUUGACAAAAAUGAACGUUUCAGCAAAUCGUAUCUUCAAAUGGCUGGUSAGGGUGUCUUUUUUGAUUGUUCUGUUGACACAAUCGCUGCUUUUGGGGAAUUAUCUCGUCCACUACCUCGACAAAUAUUCGGCUCAGGCUUAUAUUUUGACUUAUGUUCCCUCGGUUGUAUUGUGGAUUCGUGGUCAGAUGGGCAACAAGGGUCGUACAGUAGCUGCAGCRGUCUGGCUUCUUUAUUCAAUCCCAUUAUCAGGAAUCAUCGCAUGGAUAUUUGGACAAUUGCUGCCUAAAAUCAAUAAAAACUCYGCAAUGGACCAGGGAUUCUUAAAAAACACCAUCUCACUUUCGGCACUCGUCUUCAUUCUACUCGACGCGCAGAAAUUUCAGCCAAAGCUUUAUAUGCGUUUAAAAUGGAUCAAAGUCCUUGAUAUCCUCGACGUGGCAGACUUUCUUGGAAUCUUGUUUCAGGUGGAAGGGCAAAAAGUGCCAACSUCUUUCCAGAGAACUGUGGUCUCGUUUGGCUUGCUAAGUUUAAUGCUGACAACCAUAUCAUUGAUCAGACUUCAAAGUAGAAACCCAUUCCAAAUGAAUGUAGRGGAUGGCUUCCAACCAAGCACCCCUCUAGAAAUUUCAAGAUUGAUUAUACAAAUAGUGCUAGUCAACUUUCCGUUCUUUUCAUUACGCGUGUAUCUUUGGCAUCUCUACAAGGUGGAUUUGUCAGUUUUUACGUUCAAAAAUGCUUUAGCAAUUGCAGUGAAUUUAAUUCAAAUUGGUGGACAUGGACUAGAAAGCCAUAUAUCCUCGGCUUCGAACACAGACGACGAAGCUGUUAGCACAGGGUCGAGAUUGCACUCCAGAAUAGGAAGUCGAACAAUAGUAGAAGAAUAACAUGCAGGGUAUAGUGUCAAAAUAUAUAUCUAACAAGGAUAAAUUGGGGUCAGUUUUUAAAAAAGAGGAGAAAUUAUUUCUUUACAAGACAGCUCUCCGAGAUAGUCGAACAGUACAAUAUGAAUCGAUAAUAUAUCGGAUUGGGUCCGCCAUUUGUUCGGAUGAAGUAAAUUUGCGUAAACCAAUCCAUUCACAUUGUAAAAUUGCAAAAGUUCACUCGGAUUUAAAAAUUGCUGUAAAUAUCAUUUUAUUUUCAAAUACGUUCCAAUCGACAACAUUUUAUUUUCAGCUUCUGCUAAUCAUGGAAAACAUUGAGAGCKGGCUCAAUAGACCAAUCCCGCAUUCGCUUGGAUGAACACGUAACUAUGGCUUCAUUUCGAGGCUGGAGUUUUAUCUUUUGUCGAAAACUCCAGCCUCGAAAUGAAGUGAUUGUCUUGUGUUCAUCCAAGCGAAUGCGGGAUUGGUCCAUUUAGUUCUUUUUAAAAAGACAAUAUUUGAAAGAAUCAUAGAUUUUUAGUACCAAAAACAGUCCUUCAAGGUAACUGAGCACUGCAUGUGUCUUCAAAAAUGCUGAUUCCCAUUUCGUCCACCUGACGUCAUCACACGUGACUAUUGAAUGCAAAAAUAAGACAUCACGUGGUCUGAAAUGGGUAACCAAAAUAAAAAACUGUCAUCACUCAAAUUUGCUUUCAAGUAAACUCAUUUCUCAUUCACAGCUGAAUGAGAAUAAAGAAUGUAACAAAAUGCAAAUAGAUAAACCGCUCUUUUUAUAAAAUUCUGCUCGUAAUAAAUUAUAAA